CUUAUUUUGAUUAAACUUUCCUCAUAAGGCUUACAUUUUUACUUUUCUUGAUCUUCGUUAUUCUUUAUUCUUUACAUGAGUUGCGUUUUGAAUCAUUUCAAGAAAUAGAGUCUUAUAAUCAUGUUUUUCAGUUUCUAGAUUUUGGAGAUGGAGUCUUGGACCUUCGAUUCUAAAGCUAAAAUGGGGUCCUUGGAUUGGGAAUCCAAAUCUCCAUUUAUCUUUGAGAACAAUAUGGUUUUUUCAAAUAACGCAAUGUGCAUUGAGAAUCAAGGAUUUGGAGAGAUUUGUUUCCCUCAAAUCGUCGGGAACUCAUUGUCGAGUCCUAUUAUGGGUGCCACUCACAAUAAAUUUCUUGAAGAACAUGAAUCAAGUUCUGAGCUGUUGAGUUCUGUUGUCGAGUCAAAUCAACUACUUGAUCUUACUACACACGUGGCAUCUAAACAGAAACGAACCAUGGUUUUCAAUUCUUUGUCACCAUUAUGCAAAGUUCAUGGCUGCAACAAGAGCCUUGUCUCUUGUAAAGAUUACCAUAAGAGACAUAAAGUGUGUGAAUUACACUCAAAAACAGCUAAAGUCAUCGUGCAUGGAGUCGAACAAAGGUUUUGUCAGCAGUGUAGCAGGUUUCAUUUGUUGAAAGAAUUUGAUGAUGGAAAGAGGAGUUGCAGGAAACGUCUAGCUGAUCAUAAUGAGCGGCGAAGGAAACCUCAUUCUAGUCGCCAUGGGAGAUUGCUUCCACCAUAUCAUCCAACAGGCACCAAGGUUAAAAGAUCCACAAAAACAAGGGCAAGAUCAUCUAUAAUAGAUGUAGAUCAGCACCCAUCAGUUUAUGUCGAUAAUGAUGAAUACAUACAAGCAUCAAAUUCCCAUUUAUUUCCGUUUGUUAAUAAGGAUCAAUCAGGUGGUGAAGAGGACUUCAUUACCAUGGAUUCAACGUGUGUUCUCUCUCCUCUGUCAUCUCAAUCACAUGGUUCUUCUUCAUGUCAUUCAUCAAGAAACCCAACAUCAUGGACACACGCACUGAAUCAGAAUACCCAUCUAGCGUCUGGAGUGUUAAAUAACAUGAACCCAUUAAUGGUGGGUUCUGAAUAUAUAAACUCUGAGAAUCGGCUAUGGUGUGAUGAGGUGUCUACUGUCGACUUGCUUCACCUAUCAUCACAGCUUGAGCGAGUGGAGCUUCAUAAAUAAAUAUGGUUAUAUUGUAGAGGUGUCUACUGUCGACUUGCUUCACCUAUCAUCACAGCUUGAGCCAGUGGAGCUUCAUAAAUAAAUAUGGUUAUAUUGUAGCGAUUGAAUCUGCAGAAAGCUUCAUUUUCACCAUUUGAGUUGUUAGUUGUUAUGGUAGAAAUUUAAGAUGGUUAUAUUGUAGCG